GCUGUUCCUCCAGUAUUAUGUUACAGAGCUCACGUGUGAGAUUUCCAUGCGCGAAGUGUAGCCGAGUUGUGUAGAAGAAACCACGCUGUAUCGUAAUUAGCACAAUGGAGCCCGUCAUUAAAAUAAACCCGGGAGCGUCGAAGUGGGACAUUCGUCAGAAAGUUUGGGACUACAUUGAAGACAAGAACCUGGCCAACUUUCCGAGGCCUGUGCACAACAGAAUCCCAAACUUCAAGGGGGCUUUUGGGGCCUGCGCCAAGGUGUCGGAUCUGCCGGCGUUUACCCAGACUGCUGAGGUGAAGGUGGAUCCUGAUAAACCUUUGGAGAGCGCCCGGCUGGCAGUGCUACAGGCAAGGAAAACUUUAUUGGUCCCAACUCCUCGUCUCCGUACUGGUCUUUUCAACAAGAUUACUCCUCCCCAAGGAGCCAGCAAAGAGCAGCUGCGCAUAUGCUCUUCCUCUCAGGGUGUGAAAGACUUCAGUGAGCCUGUUGACUUGGAUGCAAAGGUGAAGGUGGACCUGGUGGUGGUCGGCUCUGUCGCUGUGUCCGAGAAAGGCUUUCGUAUCGGCAAAGGAGAGGGCUAUGCUGACAUGGAGUACGGCAUGAUGGCUUCGAUGGGAGCUGUGAAUGAGUCUACUGUGGUGGUUACUGUCGUCCAUGACUGCCAGGUGGUGGAUAUUCCAGAGGAGCUCAUGGGAAGUCAUGACCUGACUGUAGACUACAUCCUCACACCCACCGCAGUUAUUAAAACAGAUUGCCAACUACCCAAACCGCAGGGGAUCAUCUGGACCAAGCUGGACACAGAAAAGCUGGAGAAGAUCCCCAUCCUGAGGAAGCUGCGUGCUCUGGAGGAGCAGGCUGGGAAGGAUGUGACACUGGGGGCAGCGCCUGUUGCAGCAGAGCCUGUUCUGCAGACCGGUCAACCAAAAAGGCAAAGCAGGCGGAGGCCAAGGCAGAGCGCUGAGCAGGAUGCUGAGGGAGAAUCCAGGCAGGAGAAAAGAGUGGAGGCAGAACAGAGAGCCAGACCAGCUAGAGUGAGGAAAGAGAGCAGAGGAGACGGCAGGGGAGGUGGCAGGGGAGCUCACGAGGGAGAAAUCGCCAAGACGGUGAAGGGAAAAAGUCGAGGGAACGGGAAGGAGCAAGGCCCAGUAGAGGGUGGAAGUGAAGCAGGGUCUCAGCGUAAGCUCCCUGUGAGUGUGACCACAGUUUACUUGGGGGGAAUCCCUGCUGGGCUGCGGGUUAGUGAGCUGAAAAUUGCCCUCCGAGAGCGAGAGGCCGCCCCGCUGAGGCUCACCUGGCAGGGAGCUCAGCACAGGGCCUUCCUGGACUACUGUGACCCUCAGGCUGCUGAUCAGGCCCUGGAGGCUCUGCAGGGCCUCUGCCUGAAUGGUCACAGCCUGCAGGCCGAGAUGGCCAAGAGCCAACGGGGAGGAAGGAGGUCCGGAGAGUCCGGUAGGAGACCAAGACCAUCGGCAGCUCCGAAGUCUAAAACGGCACCAGCAGAUACUAAGAGUGACGCCCCUGAAGAGACUGAGCAGUAAAAGUAAUGAGCAGCACGCGGGCCAACAAGUAUUGAUUUUGGUACAAACCUCAACACCUGAAGGUGGUUUGUUUUAUAAUAUUUUUGGAUUUACUAGAAGAGGAACUCUGUUAUAACUUAAAGAGCCUAAUGAAAUGUUAGGACGCUGACUUUAGUUACUGAACCACAGCAGAAAGGUAAUUUUUAUUUUGUACAAAACCUCUCACAGUGCUUAAACACACACGUAUGUGCCUUGUUUUAUUGACACACUCCUGGUCUGGGUGUCCUGAUGGCCUUUCUUCCCUCAUUGUGGUUUGUUUGGAGGGAUUUUAGAAAAAGGUUGCAGCUAUUUCCUGUUCAAAGCCUGGACUGCAUAAAGUCUAUCAGUGUUACGUUUCAAAAAGUAUUUAGUACUUUUUUUUUUUCUUCGCUGCCAUCUCUCACCUCCUCCUUGUGUUCUCAGACCUGUUUUGUUUUUCUCUGCUUGGUAUUUAUUUUAAAAAGCCUUUAGCUGAGGCCUGGGGUCAAAAUAACUGCUUUGUUUUGGUUGCAGACGGCACCACCGUGUGGCCAGUUAUGCAGUUCAUACUGAUCUACAUGCAUGAAGAUUAGAGUGAAAUUACACAUUUCUUGGUGUAAAAUUUAUGUAAAACAAUGUUUGACUGCACAGAUUUUCCACCUUUUUUGAAAAACUGUGCCCCCUGUCCCUCAGAUUUCAUCCAAUCCUCAUGAAAUCUGUCAAAUUUGAGUGACUUUAAAACACACGACAGGAUUACAAACAUUUUUUCUGUUUCAUGGCCUACAUGUGAAGUACCUGUGGCCCAUUUGACGUAAAUUGUCAUAAAUCUUGAACAAGCAAAUUCAGAGGACGUGAACCUGCUGCCAGCGUCGUUUUGACUGCAAAGGGUUUGACGUGGUUGUGAUUAUUUUUUGACUUGACCUCUGAAAAUCGACAUGAUUUGAAGAUAUAAAGCCACAUGCAGACCGUGGACACGUAAACCUUUUUAUUUAUUUAUUUUACCACAAGCAUACAGGACUGUUUAGCCUUAAGCCAAGGUCGUUCAUUUCUACUUGUAGAGUUUUUCAGAGUAUUUUAGAAGUAGAUGUUGUGCAUUUGAACAGUGGCAUUUAUACCUUUUGUUGAUUAAAAAAAAACAGCUGAUUUGCAGCAUUCUGUCUGGUCAGGCCAGUGCGAGUGAUGAUGCCAGCCUCCAUGUUGAAUGACAGACGUGUCACAUGAUGUUCUUUACUAAAGCGUUUGACUGCA